UCGUAUUGUUUUUUUCAUGGGUAUUCGCUUUUCAUCUUGUCACGCUCAUUCAACUGCCUCUCCAUCUCCCACUCCCACUUUGGGGGGACUACCGGAGAGUUGCGUCGCUUUGAUCCUCGGAUACGCCGAACCUCCGCAGAUUUGUAAACUAGCAACGUUAAACCGCACUUUUCGUGCUGCUUCCUGUGCUGAUUUUGUGUGGGAGUCGAAACUCCCAGCCAAUUACGAUGUUCUUGUUACUAAAAUCUUCGGUGAUUUUCCCAUCAAUUUGGGCAAAAGAGCAAUCUACGCUUCCCUUUGUCGCCUCAAUUCUUUUGACGGAGGCACCAAGAAAGUUUGGCUGGAUAGAAGCACGGGUAAGCUUUGUCUGUCCAUAUCAUCCAAGGGACUAUCAAUAACCGGGAUUGACGAUCGAAGAUAUUGGAAUUAUAUCCCCACCGAAGAAUCUAGAUUCAAUAAUGUUGCAUACCUCCAGCAAAUCUGGUGGUUUCAAGUGGAUGGUGAAGUAGAGUUUCCAUUUCCAGCUGGGACAUAUAGCUUAUUCUUCAGAAUACAUCUAGGGCGAGCCUCCAAGAGGUUUGGAAGACGGGUCUGCAACACUGAACAUGUUCAUGGGUGGGACAGAAAGCCUGUACGAUUCCAGCUUUGGACUUCAGAUGGGCAGUAUGUUGCAUCCCAGUGUUUUCUGAAAGGACCCGGCAAAUGGAGUUUUUACCAUGCAGGGGAUUUUACUGUUGAGGAUGGCAAUGCAUCAACAAAAAUUAAGUUCUCUAUGACUCAAAUUGAUUGCACACACACUAAAGGUGGUCUAUGUCUAGAUUCUGUGCUUGUAUAUCCAAGUGAAUUCAAAAAGGUUAAAGCAUUUUUGGAUUGCUCCUAAUCAUUUUAGGUAGGAUUAGAAUGUAUGUCUAACAUGUAUAGAACUUAGUGCGGCGUCAGGAGAAAUGAAGAAUCGAGUUUUUAUGUGGUUCUUUAGUAUUAGAAUUUUGAAGAGGAUGAAUGUGUGUAAUUUUACUAGUUUCUGUCGAUU